AUGCCUUACCUCCCCACCAGCCAGGCAUUCCUGGAGCAAGCAGCUAAACUACUAGAGGCAUACCCAAACACAACUAUCAUCACAACAAAAUACUCAUUCCCAACUGAAACCCCAUCCGCAACCAUCAAGCGCCAAAAAUCCGUGUCCAAGUCUACAGAUACUGCUACAGCUACGGACACAGCAGUCGCAGCAGAGCCUACGGCUCCCGUCGCAGCCCUUGAAUUCAAAGCUUAUAACCCCGGCACGGGCAUCUGUCUCAAGUACCGCACGAACAAGCAUCAAGAGGUUAGUCGGUUGAUGACUGGCUUGGGCAAGUUGGCUGGUGGUCCUAAUUCGGGCGAUGUGGAGAUGGUUGAUGCGCCUGCACUUGACGAGGUAGUGCCUGUGCCUGUGCCUGCUGUAGCUCCUCCUGCGAGGAAAGCUAAAGCUAGUAAGAAGACUACAGGCAACAGGAAGAAUUAG